AUGAAGAUGAAAUUCGAUCCGAAAUACUACGCAGAAGAACCACCGAGUGAACCUGUUAGAGCACCCUUACUAACCCCAAAACUAGAAGCGCUCGAAGAAUCGAAAAAAAGGUUUGCAGAAACACAACGACGACUCAUUAUGCUAGGGGCUAGUGCCACACGGCCGACGAUCGAAGGUGUGUUGAAGGAGAAGAAGCCGCAGCAAUCACGUACCACAAAAGCCAGAGACGAUGAUGUCGAUAUGUGGCAUCAUGGCAUACGGCCUCAGCCGUCGACAACAGAAUUCACCGUUGUCAGCGAAGAGGACGACUACGAACACCCUGUACCAUGCGGUGACAAAGAAUGCGAUCGCUGCUACGUUUUUUCUGUCGUGUCCGACUUCGCUGAUGAUGACUUGUUGCCAUAUUCAGAUGUUCUGGCCUCUGUGGCGCCACCGGCUCCGAGAUCUGGAUUUCGGGGUUGGACGGAAGCGAAGAUGGAUAAAACAACUUUGAAGAUGAAGGGAAAAGUCCCGAAAGAACCGACACCACGGAUUAGUCCCAGAGCAAGAACAAAGGAAGACUUUUCAACUAGCCGAACCAUCUGCCCAGAAAUCAGAACGUACGAAGCUCGACAAGACCGUCACGAGAUACAGGUAGUCAAGCUCGCUCGGAUCGAACUAUCGAAAGAAACAAUUUCUGAAUACUUGAAGAAGAGAAGUGGAAUUCGAGAUCAAAGCCAUUUACAGCCUCCGAGUCAGACUCAGCGAUCCCAGACGACCCGUGUUAUGUCUACGGAACAUUCGAAAAUCGGGAGGGAAAUUCGCAGCCCUUUGAGUGAACUUCAGGAUAAGCUCUCAUGCUUAUCAAUUGCUUCAGAGGCGUCCCUCGGCUUGGCCACGCCAAAUAAUCUACAGAUUCCUGACAAUCCAACUAUCGAUAGGUUGCACGGUAGGCAUAAGUAUGAUAGACCAGCAGAUGUCUCUGGACCCAACCGGAACGAUCCGGGAGAACAUUGGUACCAUCUACAGCAGAAAUCAUUAGCAGGAACCUGGGCAACGGAGACCCGAAGAAAUCUCCAUAAAGCAAGUGACUUGAAGUCCCCAUCUUCUCAAAUGCAAGGAACAUUGCGCGGGCAGACUGAGACGACUUCUACUACCAGGACUCGCAGCUCCAGCGUCAAUAUUCCCAACGUGACGCGGCCUCUAGGCAGAAAUCUUUCUUUCAAAGAGCGUGUAUUGGAGCUUCAAAUCGCCCCGGAGAAAUCAUUCUCAAGGCCCCGCAGACUUACACGGGAGAGUCCGGGGACCCCAAGGCUUGGUAAGGGCUCUCGUCCUCCGUUGAGUAUGAGUGGUUACUGUAAUAGUCAAAAUGCCGGAACGUCUGAUAAGUCUGCGGAGUGCAACAUGUGCUAG